AUGGCUUCUAGCGCAAACGCUCAAUCGAAGCCUCGGGGCGUCUGGAGGCAGCUCCUCGACAACCCGUACAUUUUCGGUCUUUCAGCGUUUGCGUCCCUGGGCGGGUUUCUCUUUGGCUAUGACCAGGGCGUCGUCUCGGGCGUGCUGGAGAUGGAGUCGUUUGCGGCGCUGUUCCCGCGCAUCUACCUCGACAGCGGCUUCAAGGGCUGGUUCGUGUCGACGCUCCUGCUGGCGGCGUGGCUCGGAUCCCUCAUCAACGGGCCCGUCGCGGACCGCUUCGGCCGCAAGGGGUCCAUGCUGGCGGCCGUGGCGGUGUUUACGCUCGGGUCGGCGCUGCAGGCGGCGGCCUCGACGACGGGCCUGCUAUUUGGCGGGCGCGCGGUGGCAGGCUUCGCCGUGGGCAUGCUGACCAUGAUUGUGCCCAUGUACAUGUCCGAGGUGUCGACGGCGGGCAUCCGUGGAACACUGGUCGUGCUCCAGCAGUUGAGCAUCACGCUCGGUAUUCUGGUUAGCUACUGGCUCGAGUACGGCACGCAGUACAUUGGCGGCACCAGAUGCGCCCCGGGCAUUCCGUACACGGGCGGCACCCCCGGCAAACCAACGUUCGACCCGCGAUACGAUGUCGGCCCGCCGGGGCAGCGAUGUCCUGGUGGCCAGAGCCAGGCGGCCUGGCGCGUGCCGUUUGCGCUGCAGAUUGUGCCGGCGCUGGUCCUGGGCGUCGGCAUGCUCUUCUACCCGGAGUCGCCGCGCUACCACCUCAUGCGCCACCAGGAAGACGCGGCGCUGCGUGCCCUCGCGCAGCUGCGCCGCGCCGAGCAUCCCGAUUCGGAGUGCCUACGGGACGAGUACCUCGCCAUCAAGGCUGAAGUGUUAUUCGACGAGUCCAUUGCCAGGGAUCGGUUCCCAGGCAAGACCGGGGCGUCGCUGUACUUUGCGCAGUACGGGAGCCUGGUCUCUUCGAAGCCUGCGUUUCGGCGCCUGGCAAUUGGCUGCUUGAUUGGUUUCUUCCAGCAAUUCAUGGGCUGUAACGCCUUGAUAUAUUUUGCCCCUACCAUCUUUGGACAGCUUGGGCUGACGGGUGGCACGACUUCGUUGCUGGCGACUGGCGUCUACGGCAUCGUCAACACGUUGUCGACGUUACCUGCCCUAUUCCUCAUCGACAGAGUCGGACGCCGACCUCUUCUCAUGUGCGGCGCCGCUGGAACGUUUAUUUCCCUGGUGAUUGUCGGCGCAAUGCUAGGUGCCUAUGGAAACGAUCUGCCUGCCCAUCCGGCGGCCGGCUGGGUGGGCAUCGCCUUCAUCUACAUCUAUGACAUUAACUUUUCCUACUCCUUUGCGCCAAUUGGCUGGGUGCUGCCGUCUGAAAUCUUCAACCUGGGCAACCGCUCCAAGGCCAUGGCCAUCACGACGAGCUGCACGUGGAUGUGCAACUUCAUCAUCGGGCUGGUGACGCCGGACAUGCUCGAGUCGUUUGGCUGGGGCACGUACAUUUUCUUUGCGGCCUUUUGCCUGCUCGCGCUUCUGUUUACGUACUUUUGCGUGCCGGAGACAAAGGGCAAGAGCUUGGAGGACAUGGACGAGAUCUUUGGCGACACGGCUGCGCACGAGGAGAAGCAGAGGCUGUUUAAUAUUGCGGCGUCGCUGGGGCUGACUGCUCCGCUGCCAACGCUGGACAAGAUAGACGAUGCGACUGCUGAUGCUCGUGAGUAUGCGUGA